AUGGGGAGCAACAGCAGAUCAGCGGCCUUCUUUUAUUUCUUCCUCCUCUUUCUUUUUGCGUCACUACCAUGCUGGAAACCGGCCUCCGCCGCCGCUUCUCCCAAGCGAUGGGCGGCGGCCAGCAACGAGACAGAGGGCGGUGGUCGCCGAUGCAGCUCAGUGGAGGAGGACUUGGAGGAGUUUCAAUUCGAUUCAGAGAUCAACAGAAGACUCCUCGCCGGAAGUGGCUCCUCCGAUGUCGCUCAUGCAGCUCUAAAUGCAAAUAAGGCGGCCUGUAGUACUAACGGUGGCAAAGCGUACCAGUGUGGUGCGGGCUCCGGCAAUAAACCACCCCCGCGGUCCUGCGGUCACAAUUUGUACCGUUGUCCUCACAAAUGA